AUGUCUGGACCGCCGAUUCCAUUCUCCAGCCUACCCGUCAACAAAGACAACCCGCUGUCUCGCCUCAAUGCCUGGGGCGUGUACGGGCCGGACGACGAGGUGGGCUUCCUCAACCGCCAGACGCCCGACAUCAUUGCCGCCGCCGCCGCCAGCGAGAUCAAGACGGGGAUCCGAGUGGCACUAGACGCACCGCUGAGCUUCCAGGGCGCGGAGCCUCUGUUCGGGCGCCAGGCGUUCCAGCAGGACAUGUACCAGAAGAAGCCCAAGAUGGUGCACGACGACACGUGGUCCUUCAACACGCAGACUAGCUCGCAGUGGGACGGGCUCAGGCACUACGCGUACCAGAAAGUCGGGCUGUUCCACAACGGCACGACUCUCGAGCAGAUUGCCACUACGGAGAAGCUGGGCAUGGGAAAGGUGGUCCAGCGCGGCGGCAUCACGGGACGGGCCGUACUGGUGGACUUUGCACGGUGGAAGGACACGCCCGAGGGCGCCCGGGCGGUCAACGGCGAGUUUGAAAACUUCAAGACUUGCGCAAUCAAGCUGGAAUGGAUCCAGGAGACGCUGGCCUACCAGGGAACCGAGGUGCGCUUCGGCGACAUCCUGGUUGUGCGCAGCGGCUGGUUCCCGGCGUUCCGGGCGCUGAGCGAGGAGCGCCUGGCGGAGCUGCGGAUGAUGCGGCCGCCGCCGGUGGGCGGCCUGGAGCAGAGCAGCGGGACGCUGCAGUGGAUCUGGGACAACUUCAGCGCCGUGGCCAGCGACCAGCCCAGCUUCGAGCGGUGGCCGACGCCGCUGGACUGGAGCCUGCACGAGGUGCUACUGGCGGGCUGGGGGUGCAACAUUGGCGAGAUGUGGGAUCUGGAGGAGGUCAGCAAGCGCUGCGAGGCGCUGGGACGCUGGAGCUUCUUCCUCGUAAGCAUGCCGACGCAUGUGCCGGGGGGCGUGGCGAGUCCCUCGAAUGCCGUGGCCAUAUUCUAA